ACAAAGCCUGUCGGAAGUCCAACAUUAGAGAAGAUCCGGUAGAAAAUUCAGAGUCUUCCAACUUCAACCAACCCGACCGCUCUUAAACAGAAAACAAUGAUCGCUCCCCGCCAUUUCCAUUGACAACCGGAGCUGCGCAGACGCAGACGAAGAAGAAGAAGAAGAAGAAGAAGAAGGGGGAGAACAAUGUGUGGGAUAUUCGCCUACCUGAAUUACAACGUCUCCAGGGAGAGGAGCUACAUCCUCCAGGUCCUCUUCCACGGCCUCCGCCGCCUCGAGUACCGCGGCUAUGACUCCGCUGGCAUCGCCAUCGACUCCUCCUCCUCCUCCCCUGCCCUCCCCGCUGCUGAUCCCGAAGCUCCCCAAUCGUCGGCCUCGGCCCCACUUUGCCUCCACCCUCAGCCUCACGUCUUCCGCCAAGAGGGCAACAUCGAGUCCCUUGUCAAAUCCGUUUACCAAGAGGUUGCUCCUGAUCUGGACCUGCAAGAAUCUUUCAAUAUCCAUGCUGGAAUAGCUCACACUCGUUGGGCGACUCAUGGAGAGCCUGCUCCGAGGAACAGUCAUCCUCAGACUUCUGGUGCUGGAGAUGAGUUCCUGGUUGUUCACAAUGGAGUCAUAACCAACUAUGAGGUCUUGAAGGAAACACUAAUCCGACAUGGGUUUACUUUCGAAUCUGAGACAGACACUGAAGUUAUCCCUAAGCUGGCAAAGUACGUCUUUGACAGAACAACUGAGGGAGAAGGGGAAGUGACUGUCACUUUUAGUCAAGUUGUGCUUGAAGUUAUGAGGCAUCUUGAAGGAGCUUAUGCCCUCAUUUUCAAAAGUCGCCAUUAUCCUAAUGAGUUGGUUGCAUGCAAACGCGGCAGUCCUCUGCUGCUUGGUGUUAAAGAAUUGACUGAAGAUGGGAAGAGCGUAUCAGCUUUUGAUGCUUUCCCUUCAGCAAAUGAAAAUCCAAAGGAACUCUUUUUGUCCAGCGAUGCAAAUGCCAUAGUAGAACACACGAGAAAAGUGUUGGAUAUUGAGGAUGGUGAAAUAGUUCAUCUCAAGGAUGGAGGUGUAUCAAUUCUGAAGUUCGAUAAAGACAAUGGUGAACUAGGAGGUGUUCUCUCUAGGCCGGCAUCUGUCCAACGUGCAUUGUCUGUUCUGGACAUGGAGGUUGAACAGAUUAACAAAGGAAAUUACGAGCACUACAUGCAGAAAGAAAUUCACGAACAGCCACAGUCUCUUAAAACCACAAUGAGGGGAAGGUUAAUACGAGGAGGCUCCUGCAAGGCCAAGACUGUUCUCCUUGGUGGGCUCAAAGAUCAUCUGAAGACGAUCAGGAGGAGCAGGCGCAUCCUUUUUAUUGGCUGUGGGACCAGCUAUAAUGCUGCUUUAGCUGCUCGACCCAUAUUGGAAGAACUUUCUGGUAUCCCCGUUACGAUGGAAAUUGCCAGUGAUCUUUUGGACCGCCGAGGUCCAAUAUAUAGAGAAGAUACUGCCGUUUUUGUCAGUCAGUCUGGCGAAACAGCCGAUACCUUACUUGCAUUGGAAUAUGCAUUAGAAAAUGGUGCAUUGUGUGUUGGCAUAACAAAUACAGUUGGCAGUGCAAUUGCCAGACGCACGCAUUGCGGUGUUCAUAUAAAUGCUGGGUGUGAGAUUGGUGUUGCGAGUACCAAGGCGUACACAAGUCAAAUAGUUGUCAUGGCUAUGUUAGCGUUGGCCAUCGGAAGUGACACAAUAUCUAGUCAAGAGAGGAGGGAGGCGAUAAUUGAUGGUUUAAUUGAACUCCCGAACAAAAUAAGAGAGGUGCUGAAGCUUGACCAAAAAAUGAAAAAACUUGCUCAAGAACUGAUGGCAGAGCAAUCGCUUCUUGUUUUUGGAAGAGGAUACAAUUACGCGACAGCAUUAGAGGGUGCUUUGAAAGUGAAAGAAGUGGCACUGAUGCAUAGUGAAGGAAUGCUGGCAGGUGAAAUGAAACACGGUCCUCUGGCCUUAGUCGAUGAGAACCUACCAAUCGUUGUCAUUGCUACUCGUGAUGCUUGCUUCAGCAAGCAGCAGUCUGUCAUACAGCAGCUCCAUGCCCGAAGAGGACGUUUGAUAGUCAUGUGUUCGGAAGGGGACGCGACAGUUGUUUGCCCAGGGGAUAAUUGUCGUGCAAUCGAGGUUCCUCUGGUCGAGGAUUGCCUUCAACCUGUUGUUAAUAUAGUACCCCUGCAGCUCUUGGCAUAUCAUCUGACGGUCCUGAGAGGAUUUAAUGUUGACCAGCCUCGGAAUCUCGCGAAGAGUGUAACAACCCAGUGAAGUAACGGAGGACCUCCAUCUCUAAUAUUUGAAUCGGGUUUGCUGACGAUCACAUGAAACAGACGCGGCGCUGUCUCUGACUGACUGAGAAUCCCAUAUUCUCGUUAUCUAGGAACCGAACGUUUGCAAGAUAACUUGAUGUUGAUAUGUAGGCAGUUGACUGGCAUUCAUCAUUCAUACGUACCUCUCUAUCGUGAAGCUCUGAGGAGCGUGUUUGGUGUAAGCUCAUACACUUCAAGUUCGACUUAGCUUGUUCACUCACUGUCAUAGUGAGUAUGAAAUUUAUUUGUUCUUUCGAGAA